AUGGGCUGCACCCCGAGCAUCCACAUUUCCGACAGCCGGUCGGUGCACCACGGCAGCAAGGAGGCCGAAGACGCGCCCGGACCCGUGGCGCCGCCACUGCCGCCCAGCGGGCCCAGAGGGUCGCGCCGCCGGCCGGGCCCGAAGACGGUCUCCUCGACCCGGGUCCGCGUCGCUGGCCUCGCGGAGCCCGAGCCACGCGGCGGCAGCGGCAAAAAGGUAGCAGUAGCUGAUGUGCAGUUUGGCCCCAUGAGAUUUCAUCAAGAUCAACUUCAGGUACUUUUAGUGUUUACCAAAGAAGAUAGCCAGUGUAACGGAUUCUAUAAGGCAUGUGAAAAGACAGGGUUUAAGUGUACAGUCACCAAGGAGCCUCAGGCAGUGCUUGCCUGCUUCCUGGACAAACACCAUGACAUCAUCAUCAUAGACCACAGACAUCCCCGCCAGCUGGAUGCAGAUGCACUGUGCAGGUCUAUCAGAUCGUCAAAACUCUCAGAGAACACAGUUAUUAUUGGUGUUGUACGCAGGGGGGAUAGAGAAGAGUCAUCUGUAAUGCCCCUCGUUGCUGCUGGUUUUACAAGGAGGUAUGUAGAAAACCCCAGCGUCAUGGCCUGUUACAAUGAGCUGAUCCAGCUGGAGUAUGGAGAAGUGCGAUCCCAACUGAAACUCAGGGCUUGUAACUCAGUAUUCACUGCACUAGAGAAAAGUCAAGAAGCAAUUGAAAUUACAAGUGAAGACCACAUUAUACAGUAUGCAAAUCCUGCAUUUGAAACAACAAUGGGCUAUCAGUCAGGUGAAUUAAUAGGGAAGGAGUUAGCUGAAGUGCCUAUAAAUGAAAAAAAGGCUGACUUGCUCAAUACUAUAAAUUCAUAUAUCAGGAUUGGCAAGGAGUGGCAAGGAAUUUAUUGCACCAAAAAGAAAAACGGAGAUAAUAUUCAACAAAAUGUGAAGAUAAUACCUGUCAUUGGACAGGGAGGAAAAAUUAGACACUAUGUGUCCAUUAUCAGAGUGUGCAAUGGCAACAAUAAGGCUGAGAAAAUAGCUGAAUGUGUUCAGCCUGACAGUCUUACAGAUGUGCAGACAGGCAAACUUAUUAAAGACAGGAGAAAAGACUCGCUAGAUGUCAGAUCUCUUUCCACUCGAUCAAGUGAAGUUGCCAGCCAGAGACGACACUCCUCCUUGGCCCGGAUACAUUCCAUGACGAUCGAUGCACCCAUCACCAAGGUAAUCAAUAUUAUCAAUGCUGCCCAAGAAAGCAGUCCCGUGCCUGUGACAGAAGCCUUAGACCGUGUGCUGGAAAUUUUAAGAACCACUGAAUUAUAUUCACCACAGUUUGGUGCUAAGGACGACGAUCCUCAUGCCAACGACCUGGUUGGGGGCUUAAUGUGUGAUGGUUUGCGAAGACUAUCAGGGAAUGACUAUGUUCUUUCACCAAAGAACCUUCACCAGGUUUCAAGCAGAAUAAUCAAUUCCAUCUCCCUUCAUGACAUUCCACCACGGAUAGCUCGAAUCAUGGAAAAUGAGGAAUUCUGGGACUUUGAUAUUUUUGAACUGGAGGCUGCCACCCACAAGAGGCCUUUGAUUUAUCUUGGUCUCAAAAUAUUUGCUCGAUUUGGAAUCUGUGAGUUCUUAAACUGCUCUGAGUCAACGCUCAAGUCGUGGUUACAAGUUAUCGAAACCAAUUAUCAUUCUUCUAACCCUUACCACAACUCUACACAUGCUGCUGAUGUGCUGCACGCAACAGCGUAUUUCCUGUCCAAAGAAAGGAUAAAGCAAACUUUAGAUCCAGUUGACGAGGUCGCUGCCCUUCUUGCAGCCACUAUUCACGACGUGGAUCAUCCUGGGAGAACCAACUCUUUCUUGUGUAAUGCUGGAAGCGAGCUGGCCAUUUUGUACAAUGACACUGCUGUCCUGGAGAGCCACCAUGCAGCCCUGGGCUUCCAGCUGACCAUCCGGGAUGAUAAAUGCAAUAUUUUUAAAAACAUGGAGAGGAAUGACUAUCGGAUGCUGCGCCAGGGUAUUAUUGACAUGGUCCUAGCUACAGAAAUGACAAAGCACUUCGAGCACGUCAACAAGUUUGUCAACAGUAUCAACAAGCCCUUGGCAUUACUAGAAGAAAACAGGGAAACUGAUAAAGAUCAGGAAGCAGUAAACACUAUGCUCAGGACACCAGAGAACCGAACUCUGAUCAAACGAAUGCUGAUUAAGUGUGCUGAUGUGUCCAAUCCCUGUCGAUCCCUGGAGUUCUGCAUCGAGUGGGCUGCACGUAUCUCUGAAGAAUAUUUUUCUCAGGUGAUAUUCAACAAGAGUGCUAAGUCCAUUCAGUGGGGAAAGAAUAGCCUCUCUAAUAAAUGGUGCUGGGACAACUGGAUUUCCACACACAGAAGAAUGAAGCUGGACCCAUACCUCACACCAUAUAGGAAAAUUAACUGAAAAUGGAUCAAGGACCUAAAUGUAAGAACUAAAACCAUAAAACUCGUAGAAGAAAACGGAUUAUGAUUUGAGACCUAGUUUUUAACAGUGGAUUUUACUGCAUUGAGCAGUAAAAGACAAAAUAAAUGGGAUCUCAUGAAAAGUAAAAACUUUUGUGCAGCAAAGGACUUUAUCAGCAAAAUGAAGAGACAGCCUACAGAUUGGGAGAAAAAUUGGGGGAACCAUUUAUCUGAUAAGGGUUUAAUAUCCAGAAUAUAUAAAGAAAUCCUACAGUUUAACUACAAAAAGACAACCUAAUCAAAAAACAGGCAAAGGAAUUGAAUAGACAUUUCACCAGAUUGGAUAUACAGUUGGCCAACAAGCACAUGAAAAUAUGUUUAGUAUUAUGAGUCAUUAGCCAGUAACCAGUUGCCAUGUAUUCAGCUCCAACUCAGAGAAACCCCAUGUGUGUCAGAGUAGAACUGUGAUCCGUAGGGUUUUCAGUGGCUGAUUUUUCAAAAGUAGAUCACCAAGCCUUUCUUCUGAGGCAUCUCUGGGUGGACUCAAACCACUAGCCUUUCAGUUAGCAGCCUAGUGCAUUAAUUGUUUACACUAGCCAGGACUCCUAUUAGUCAUUAGGGAGAUGCAGAUCAAAACAACAAUGAGAUACCACUUCACCCCUACUAGGAUGGCUAUGGUCAAAUAAAAAGAAAAUAAUGUUGAAGGAUGUUGAGAAAUUGGAACCCUUAUCCGGUGCUCAUGGGAAUGCAAAAUGGCAUAGCUGAUGUGGAAAACAGUUUGGCAUUACUUCAAAAAGUUAAACGUAGAACUAGCAGAAGACCCAGCAAUCCCAAUCCUAGUUAUAUAGCAAAAGAAUUGAAAACAGGAGUGCAAAAAGAAACUUGUGCAUCAGUGUUCAUUGGAGCACUGUUCAUAAUAGCCAAAAGGUGGAAACAAUCUAAACGUCCAUCAGCAGAUGAGCGGACAAAGAAAAUGUGGUAUAUACACAGGAUGGAAUAUUAUUCAACGAUAAAGAGAAAUGAAGUCCUGAUACAUGCUACAACAUGGAUGAAAACGUUAACGGUGAGUAAAAUAUUGUAUGAUCCCACUCAGUUGAAAUAGGCAAAGAUUUUUAGUCGUUACUAGGGAUAAGAAUUCCCAUUCUUCGCAGUGUUAUCCAUAGUUUGUUAUGAUCCACACAAAUGCCUUUGCAUAGUCAAUAAAACACAGGUAAACAUCCUUCUGGUAUUUUCUGCUUUCAGCCAGGAUCCAUCUGACAUCAGCAAUGAUAUCCCUGGUUCCACGUCCUCUUCUGAAACCAGCCUGAAUUUCUGGCAGUUCCCUGUCGAUAUACUGCUGUAGCCGUUUUUGAAUGGUCUUCAGCAAAAUUUUGCUUGCGUGUGGUAUUAAUGAUAUUGUUCUAUAAUUUCCACAUUCAGUUGGAUCACCUUUCUUGGGAAUAGGCAUAAAUAUGGAUCUCUUGCAUUCAGUUGGCCAGGAAGCUGUCUUCCAUAUUUCUUGGCAUAGACGAGUGGGCACCUCCAGCACUGCAUCUGUUUGUUGAAACAUCUCAAUUGAUAUUCCAUCAAUUCCUGGAGCCUUGUUUUUCGCCAGUGCCUUCAGAGCAGUUUGGACUUCUUCCUUCAGUAUCAUCGGUUCCUGAUCAUAUGCCACCUCUUGAAAUGGUUGAAUAUCGACUAAUUCUUUUUGGUAUAAUGACUCUGUGUAUUCCAUCUUCUUUUGAUGCUUCCUGCGUCAUUCAAUAUUGUCCCCAUGGAAUCCUUCACUAUUGCAACUUGAGGCUUAUAUUUUUUCUUCAGUUCUUUCAGCUUCAGAAACGCCGAGUGUGUUCUUCCCUUUUGGUUUUCCAUCUCCAGUUCUUUGCACGUGUUAUUAUAAUACUUUACUUUGUCUUCUCAAGAGGCCCUUUGAAAUCUUCUGUUCAGUUCUUUUACUUCAUGAAUUCUUCCUUUUGUUUUAGGUGCUUGAUGCUCAAGAGCAAGUUUCAGAGUCUCCUCUGACAUCCAUCUUGGUCUUUUCUUUCUUUCCUGUCUUUUCAGUGACCUCUUGCUUUCUUCACGUAUGGUGUCCUUGAUGUCAUUCCACAACUUGUCUGGUCUUUGGUCACUAGUGUUCAAUGCAUCAAAUCUAUUCUUGAGAUGGUCUCUAAAUUCAGUUGGGAAAUACUCAAGGUCAUAUUUUGGCUCUCGUGGACUUGCUCUGAUUUUCUUCAGUUUCAGCUUGAACUUGCAUAUGAGCAAUUGAUGGCCUGUUCCAGUCAGCCCCUGGCCUUGUUCUGACUGAUGAUAUUGAGCUUUUCCAUUGUCUCUUUCCACAGAUGUAGUCAAUUUGAUUUCUCUGUGUUCCAUCUGGUGAGGUUUACCUGUGUUUUAGUGACUAUGCAGAGGCAUUCGACUGUGUGGAUCAUAACAAACUAUGGAUAACACUGCGAAGAAUGGGAAUUCCAGAACACUUAGUUGUGCUCAUGAGGAACCUUUACAUAGAUCAAGAGGCAGUUGUUUGGACAGAACAAGGGGAUACUGAUCGGUUUAAAGUCAGGAAAGGUGUGUGUCAGGGUUGUAUUCUUUCACCAUACCUAUUUAAUCUGUAUGCUGAAGAAAUAAUAUGAGAAGCUGGACUAUAUAAAGAAGAACAGAGCAUCAGGAUUGGAGGAAGACUCAUUAAUAACCUGCAUUAUGCAGAUGACACAACCUUGCUUGCUGAACGUAAAGAGGACUUUUGAAGAUCAAAGACCACGGCCUUCAGUAUGGAUUACACCUCAACAUAAGGAAAACAAAAAUCCUCACAACUGGACCAAUGAGCAACAUCAUGAUAAACGGAGAAAAGAUUGAAGUUGUCAAGGAUUUCAUUUUACUUGGAUCCACAAUCAACAGCCAUGAAAGCAGCAGUCAAGAAAUCAAAAGACGCAUCGCAUUGAGCAAAUCUGCUGCAAAGGACCUCUUCAAAGUGUUGAAGAGCAAAGAUGUCACCCGGAAGACUAAGGUGUGCCUGACCCAAGCCAUGGUAUUUUCAAUCACAUCAUAUGCACGUGAAAGCUGGACAGUGAAUAAAGAAGACCGAAGAAGAGUUGACGCUUUUAAAUUGUGGUGUUGGCAAAGAAUGUUGAAUAUACAUACAAUGGACUGCCAAAAGAACGAACAAAUCUGUCUUGGAAGAAGUGCGGCCAGAAUGCUCCUUGGAGGCAAGGAUGGUAUGACUGCAUCUUACAUACUUUGGGCAUGUUGUCAGGAGGGAUCAGUCCCUGGAGAAGGACAUCAUGCUUGGCAGAAUACAGGGUCAGCGGGAAAGAGGAAGACCCUCACCGAGGUGGAUUAACACAGUGGCUGCAACAGUGAGCUCAAGCAUAACAACGAUUCUAAGGAUGGCGCAGGACCAGGCAGUGUUUCGUUCUGUUGUGCAUAGGGUUGCUAUGAGUCAGAACCGACUCCACGGCACCUAACAACAACAACAAGGGAUAAGAAAAGGAGCCCAGUUGUUAAGUGCUUGGCUGCUAACCAAAAGAUUGGCAGUUUAAACCCAUCAGCUGCUCUGUGGGAGAAAGAUGUGGCAGUCUGCAUCCCUAAAGAUUUACAGCCUUGGAAACCCUGUGGGGCAGUUCUGCUCUGUCCUAUAUGGUGGCUAUGAGUCAGGAUUGACUCAACGGCAGUGCGUUUUUUUCUGUUUGUUUAGGGGUGAGAAAGGAGCCCUGGUGACACAAUGGUUAAGCACUCAAAAGAUCAGAGGUUCAAACCCACCAGUGGCUCCACAGGAGAAAAGACCUGGUGAUCUGUGGUGAUCUGCUCCUGUAAAAGAUUAUAGCCAAGAAACCCUAUAGGGUCUGUGUGAGUCGGAAUUGACUCAACAGCACACAACAACAUUGGGGUGAGAAGGAGGGGUAGAGGGGAAUCUGGACUAAGGGGAGCACUGAGUUUGUGAAUGGUGGUGGAAUAAUUUGGAAACAGAUAGUGGUGGUGUACAACAUGAUGAACCUCGUCAAUGUCACUGAAUGCUCCUUGGGAACAGUUCCAGGGGUUAGAGUCAGGGUAGAUGGGCACCCAGCCCCAGAGGAGGUUUCCUUUUGGCCAUGCUGAACACGCACGUUCUUGUCCGC